AUUACGUCACUGCGUGUCGGUGACUGCAGUGCAACCCACUUUAACUUAUUUGUGUAUACAUUCAAAAAAUAUUUUCACAUUUUUAAAUUGUUACAGAGAGACUUUGUGUAGAAGAAAUUAACAUGUCUGCACCAGAAGCGGCACCCCCAGCAGAGGGGCAAGAAGGGGCACCUACUGGUGAAGAACCUAAACCACCUAAUCCACAGCAUCAAGCUGCAUCCAGAAGGAUACAACAGACUCAAGCCCAAGUGAAUGAAGUUGUAGAUAUUAUGCGUACAAAUGUUGAAAAAGUCUUGGAAAGAGAUCAGAAACUAUCAGAACUAGAUGACAGAGCAGAAGCGCUUCAACAAGGGGCUUCACAGUUUGAGCAACAGGCAGGAAAAUUGAAAAGGAAGUUCUGGUGGAAAAAUUGCAAGGUAAAGCAACUACUCAUAAAUGUCAUAGUUUGUAUUGUUUUACUCAUGGUUGUCAUGGUAACAUCUUUUGAUUUUUCUUCAACUGCCGUUUCUUUCAUUUCUUGUUGUUGCCUGUAUGUGUCAGAUUUAAACUCAUCGCACAUUAUCGUCAAAUGUCGUUUAUUACAAUUAAUGAUUAUCAUCAUGGUUGUAAUUGGAGUGGUCAUUGUUGGUGUUAUUGGAGCAAAUUAG